UCAGCUCCGGUCAUGGAUUCUGGAGCCCUUGUGCUGCUGCUCUCGGGGGCCCUGGCCGUGACCCUGACCCAGACCUGGGCCAGGCCCCACCACCUGAGAAUCUUCAGCACCGUCCUGUCCGGACCAGGCAACGGGAAGGACAGGUACAUCGGGGCCGGCUUUAUGGACGACACAGAGACCCUGAAGUAUGACAGCGACGCGCUAAACCCCGGGCUGGAGCCGCUGCUACCGUGGCUGGAGCAGCCGCAGGUGGAGCAGGUGGACCCACAUUUGUGGGAGGAGCAGACACGUGUUUGCAAGGGUAACCAACACACUUUCCGAGUGGCCCUGAAAAACCUGCGCGCCCACUACAACCAAAGCGAGGAUGUGUCGCACACCCACCAGGAAAUGACCGGCUGCUUCGUGGGGUCGGACUGGAGCUUCCUGCGCGGGUACACUAAGCUCGCCUACGACGGCGCCGACUACCUCACCCUGAACCUGGACCUGCCCUCCAAGACAGUGACGGACUCUUCGGCCGAGAUCAUGUGGCACAAUUUGAUACCGAACCUUGAUGUGGACUCAUGGAGGUUCAGAGUGGAGGACCUGUGCCUGCGCUGGUUACACGUCUAUGUGAAGAAAGGGAAGGAGAUGCUGCUCCGAACAGACCCUCCAAAGACACACGUGACCCACCACCCCAUCUCUGACCAUGAGGUCACCCUGAAGUGCUGGGCCCUGGGCUUCUACCCUGCGGACAUCACCCUGACCUGGCAGCGUGAUGGGGAGGACCUGACCCAGGACAUGGAGCUGGUGGACACCAGGCCUGCAGGGGACGGAAACUUCCAGAAGUGGGCAGCUGUGGCCGUGCCCCCUGGAGAGGAGCAGAGAUACACCUGCCAUGUGCAGCACCAGGGGCUGCCUAAGCCCCUGACCCUGAGAUGGGACCCCCCUCCUCAGACCAUCAUCAUCAUUGUGGGCAUUGCUGCUGCCCUGGGUCUCCUUGGAGCUGUGGCUGCUGGAGCUGUGAUGUGGAGGAGGAAGUGCUCAGGCAGAAGCAAGAAAAGCAACACUCACACUGCCUGCAGUGACAGUGCCCAGGGCCCUGGUGUGUCUCUCACAGCUCCUGAUGAGGGGAAGGGAAGGAGAGAGGGAGAGAAACAUCAAUGUAUGGUUGCCUUUCGUGCGUCCCCUCCUGGGAACUGGCCUGCAGGGAACUGGUCCGCAACCCAGGUAUGUGCCCUGACUGGGAAUCGAACCGCGAAUGUCUGGUUCGCAGGCCCGAGCUCAAUCCACUGAGCUACACCAGCCAGGGCCCCCUGGAUUUUAAAACGUGAGGGUAACACUUGCCUUAGGGCCUAGCUAAUCAAAGUAGAAUCCUAGCCCAGAGCCCUUAUCUGAGUUCCAGUUCAUGCCAAUAUGACAGAGAAGUGUUCUGAGUGGGUUCUGGCAAAUAAGCUCCCCAUGUCUCUCUUACUGAAUGGGGAUAAAUGUGAUGUGAUGGUUAGAGCAGUGGCAGUCAUUUUGCCACCAUGAGGGAUACCAGCCUGAGGGCAGAGGCUCAGAAUAGGCCCUUCGUGACAUUUUUGAGUGACUGAAUCAAAUUGACCUCAGAGCUGUCCCUUGCUCAGGACAUUCCUGCUGGCCAAUAAAUCCUCCCUUGCAUUUGAGCAAGUGGAGAUGAGCUUUCCAGGACUGAGUACAUCCCAACUAAUAUGGAUGGGAACUGCUGUACAUUCCAGUUCUGCAGGAGGAAACUGGCUUUGGCAGAGGGGAGCUUAUACGCUCAAUGCCACAUGGUUGCCUUGUUAAUUCUGCAUUUGCCUGACCCCGAGGUUGGGCCUAGAGCCAUUUCCCUCAUCACACAAUUUGGGGAAGCUCCUUCCUAAGGGGACACCUAAGACUUCACGUGUUCCAAGCACUUCAAAUGCACAGUGUUGCUUGAAGGAGGCAGGGGAGACCCUUGUCUGAGUUUCAGACAAAAAAGCUGAGACUCAGAGAGGUUCGGUAGCAUGCACGGGGCCACACAGCAAGUGGUGGAGCUGGGAUUUGCAUGCCCCUUGCUGAGCCCUUCCCCAGCUCCAGGCCACCAUUCCAGGCUCUGUCCCACCCUCUCACUUCCCUCAGCCUCUCCCCACAUUAGCCCCAUGCACAACACUCCUGUCAAGGAGGAAGUCAGAGCUGUUCACACCGGCCUCCAAGCCCCUUCAUCCAACCCGCUCAUGCCUUGGGGUCCCCCACACGGACCGGCAAGGUAACCCUAGACUGUGGCCCUAGGAGGGUACUGGAGAGCUUCCGUGAUGUGCUCCAUCUCGUUGAGGUAUUCCCUCCACCUUCCACCGUCACUGCCGAGUUUCGGCUAUUGUCCUCCGAUACAAAAGAAUUUAGAACGGGACCCUGACAGAAGUAAAGGCAGAUAUAUCAAGACUCUGCAGAGGGUGGCAACGCUGAGCUAGGGCCCCAGGUUGCAUGCAAAGAGGGAUUUGGAAUAUAUGGGGUCAGAACGUGGAAACGACAUAGGGAGCCAAUAGGUGGUUGAGUUUAAUUAUUAUUUUUUGUCCUGGCUAUUGUGGUUCAGUGGAUUGAGCACCAGCCUGUG